CUGCCCAUCCCCUGGGCUCACAGGAGAUGCCCCUUGGAGGCCUCCAGGCCAGCGCCCACCCCUGCGGCCAUGGCAUCCUCUCUGAUGGCAGGCACAGACCUGGACCCUGUUGGCACCAGCCCAGCUUACAGCAGCCUCCUCGAACGGCUCUGCAGCCCCACCCCAUGGGUGGGAACUGCCCCUCCUGCCUUGCCCCUGUCCCAUCUGCCCUGGGAAAUGGGAGCUCAUCUCCACCCCCACCCCACCCUCAGGCCUCACAAAGCCAAGUUGGGGAAGCAGCUGUCCCGCCUGAGCGGUUGGAGGGUGGGGGUCUUGUUGCAGUUCGCACCCCCCUCCGCCCUCUCCCUCUGAGGGCCGCGGCCCCUCCCGCAGUCAGGUGCUUGCUCCUUUCUCUCUUCCUCCCUCCCUCCUCCCGCCCCCGCAGUCUCUCUCUCUCCUUCCCUCAACCCUUUCUCCCUCCCUCCUCCCCCCUCCUUCCCCCAACUCUCUCUCUCUUCCCCCCUCCCGCUCCCUCUCCCUCUCUCUCUCCCGCCGCGCCCGCCUCCCGCCCGCCCUCGCUCCCUCCCCUCCCCUCCCCUCCCCUCCCCGGCACUGCAGCACUAGCCGUCUGCAGCUCAGGCCGCCACUCGCGCCUCUCCAGCCUCUGCAGGCCCAAACGCCGCCAGCACCAUGGCCAGCACCAUUUCGGCUUACAAGGAGAAGAUGAAGGAGCUGUCGGUGCUGUCACUCAUCUGCUCCUGCUUCUACACACAGCCGCACCCCAACACCAUCUACCAGUACGGGGACAUGGAGGUGAAGCAGCUGGACAAGCGGGCCUCUGGCCAGAGCUUCGAGGUCAUCCUCAAGUCCCCUUCUGACCUGUCUCCAGAGAGCCCUAUGCUCUCCUCGCCACCCAAGAAGAAGGACACCUCCCUGGAGGAGCUGCAAAAGCGGCUGGAAGCAGCUGAGGAGCGGAGGAAGACGCAGGAGGCGCAGGUGCUGAAGCAGCUAGCGGAGCGGCGCGAGCACGAGCGCGAGGUGCUGCACAAGGCACUGGAGGAGAACAACAACUUCAGCCGGCAGGCGGAGGAGAAGCUCAACUACAAGAUGGAGCUCAGCAAGGAGAUCCGCGAGGCGCACCUGGCGGCACUGCGCGAGCGGCUGCGCGAGAAGGAGCUGCACGCGGCCGAGGUGCGCAGGAACAAGGAGCAGCGAGAGGAGAUGUCGGGCUAAGGGCCCGGGACGGGCGGCGCCCAUCCUGCGACAGAACACGUUUGGGUUUCGGUUUUGUUUCGUUCACCUCUGUCUAGAUGCAACUUUUGUUCCUCCUCCCCCACCCACGCCCCCAGCUUCAUGCUUCUCUUCUGCACUCAGCCGCCCCGCCCUGUCCUUGCGGUGAGUCGCUGACCACGGCUUCCCCUGCAGGAGCCGCCAGGCGUGAGACGCGGUCCCUCGGUGCAGACACCAGGCCGGGCGAGGCUGGGUCCCCGGGGGCCUUGUGAGAGAGGUGGUGGUGACCGUGGUAAACACAGGGCGGUGGCGUGGGAUCGCGGGUCCUUACACUGGGCUGUCUGGUCAGCAUGUGCAGGUCAGGGCAGGUCCUCUGAGCCGGCGCCCCUGGCCAACAGGCGAGGCUACGGUACCUGCUGUCUUUCCAGGGGGAAGGGGCUCCCCAUGCGGGAGGGGCAACGGGGGAGGGGGGUGAUGGUGCCUGGGAGCCUGCCUGUUAAGCGGGAGCUCGUUGAACUGGCAGGCAGGUGGGUGGGGGCUGCAGCUCUCCUUAAUGUGGUUGCACAGGGGUCCUCUGAGACCACCUGGCCUGAGGUGGACACCCUGGGCCUUCCUGGAAGCCUGCAGUUGGCGGCCUGCCCUGAGUCUGCUGGGGAGUGGGCAUUCUCUGCCAGGGGCCCAUGAGCAGGCUGCCAUGGUCUAGAGGUUGUGGGCAGCAUGGACAGUGCCCCACUCAGCAGUGCGAGAGUUCCAAAGAGCCUCUGGCCCAGGCGCCUGGGUGAGACAGCCCCGCACCCUCCCCACCAGGGCUUUGCGGAUGUCUUUGUAAGACCCGGCCUAGAGCCCUUUGGAGUGCUGGCCCCUCCUGUGCCCUCUGCCCUGGUGGAAGUGGCAGCCAUAAGUCCUCCCCAGGGAGCCCUAAGGGGGAUUUUGUGGGAUGCUGCCCACAGAUCCAGGGUUGGGAGGGCAGCGGGUAAGGUUCACAAGCCACCCCCCACACCCUUCCCACUCGGCACCCAGAGGGGGCUGUGGGUCGAGGCCUGACUCCAGGCCUCUCCUGCCCACACCUUCUGGGCUGGAUUCCUUCUCUCCCUUGGAUGCCCAGUGCUGGCCUUGGAGGACGGUCAUCUGGAGGACGGGGGUAGGGGAGGCUGUCUUUGUACCACUGCAGCAUCCCCCACUUCCCCACGGAGGCCCCAUCCCAAAGCUGCUGCCUGGCCCGUUGCUGUAAAAUGUGAAGGGGGCAGCUGAGUUCUCUUAGGACCCAGAGCCAGGGCCCUCAGCUUCCAUCCUGCGGGAGGCCUUGGCCAGGCACUGCCAGCGUCUUCCAGGGCCACACCAGGGACUAUGGGAGGAUCCUGACCCCUGCAGGGCUCAGGGGUCAGCAGGGACCCACUGCCCCAUCUCCCUCUCCCCACCGAGACAGCCCCAGAGGGAGCAGCCAGCUGGGAUGGGAACCCAAGGCUGCCCACGUGUGGCUUUUGUGGGACUCAGAAAGGGAAGCAGAACUGAGGGCUGGGAUUCUCCUCACGGUGGCAGCUCUCAUAGCGAAAGCCUAGUGUAAUAUGCACCCAUCUCAUCCACGUAGUAAAGUGAACUUAAAAAUUAAAUCAAAUGAACAAUAAACACCUGUGUGUUUAAGACA